AUGGGCCAGGAUGCGACCCCUCCGCGGCCGGAGGGCAUCUUCUCCCUUCUGGAUACGGAUUUGUACAAGCUGACGAUGCAAUGCGCUAUUCUGAAGUACUUUCCUGAUGUUUACGUGACCUAUGGCUUCACGAAUCGUACCCCGCACAUGAAGUUGCGGCGCGGUGCAUACAAAUGGCUUCUGGAGCAGAUGGCGAAGCUCGCCAAUAUCCGCGUCACCGCCGAAGAGCGCGAAUGGCUGAAGAAAAAGUGCCCCUACCUCAAUGAUACCUACCUCACCUUCCUUGAGACCUUCCAGCUGCGACCUUCCGAGCAAAUCGAUAUCAAGUUCACCCCCACACAAGACACUGGCAGCGACGAGGACGAGGGUGCGGUGGAAUACAUCAUCAAGGGUCUCUGGGUGGACACGAUCUUGUACGAGAUCCCGCUGUUGGCGCUGACUAGCCAGGCAUAUUUCAUGUUCAGCGAUAAAGACUGGGACCACAGCAACCAGGAAGAAAAGGCGUUCCGGAAGGGCUGUGAGCUUUUGGAGAAUGGGUGUGUGUUCUCAGAGUUUGGAUCGCGGCGGCGGAGAGAUUAUCAUACCCACGAUUUGGUCAUGAAGGGUCUUUGUCGGGCUGCGGUGGAAGGAAAACGGCAGGGAUGGAAGGGUGUUUUGACGGGUACUAGCAAUGUGCAUUUUGCUAUGAAGUAUGACGUUGGUGCUGUUGGCACUGUGGCGCAUGAGUGGUAUAUGACCAUUGCGGCGAUUACGGAGGACUAUGAGAAUGCCAAUGAGUUAGCGCUGCGGUAUUGGCUUGGAUGUUUUGGCGAGGGUGUCCUUGGAAUUGCCCUCACCGAUACCUUCGGCACACCUGCCUUCCUCGACGCCUUCCGCAAACCCAUCCGCGCAGCUCCAGUGCAAAGCGAUGCUUCCGCGUCUCCUCCCGUCACAAAUGAAGUCCAAACCGACCAUUCUAGCUCCACCAAGACAUACGCCCAGGUCUACACCGGUGUCCGCCAGGACUCGGGCGACCCGACCUACUUUGUCAAGAUGGUGCGCGAAUUUUAUGACCGCGAAGGCAUCACCGAUAAGAAGACGGUUGUCUUCUCGGACUCGCUGAAUAUCGAGAAUUGUCUGGAGUACAAGGCAAUUUCCGAAGAAGCCGGAUUCAAUCCAACAUUUGGCGUGGGGACUUUCUUUACGAAUGACUUCGCAAACAAAUCCAACGGCCAAAAGUCGAAGCCCCUCAACAUCGUCAUCAAGAUCGCCACUGCCAACGGCCGCCCAGCUGUCAAGCUGAGCGAUAACAUGGGCAAGAACAUGGGUGAUAGCGCCAAGGUGCUGGAGGUCAAGAAGAAGCUGGGCUAUAUCGAGCAGACCUGGACCGAGGGUGAUGAGAGUAACCGCUGGGCGGGGCGGCGGUAG